AUGACACUCGCCAUAUCUAGACUGUUCUUCUUGCUUGCCGUUCAAAGCAUCGUUGGUGCCAGUUUGCUUGAUGCAUCUGAUGCGGGGGAAGGCUCAACCGCUUUCGCCUCGAUUCAGAGAGGGAACGAAGACUCUCGUCUAGAUAUCAAAACCAAUACUUCACAGCAAGAUGAAAUAUUCACCCAUGCUAUUCAAAUCUUAGACUCGAUGAAGUCAUCACCAUCUUGUCACCGCAUUGCAGCUACAAAGCUAGUCACCUCAUGUCAAGAGAUGGGAGGUCAAGACGCCAAAUCACGUGAAGAAUAUGAAGCUCUAGAUCAGACACGAUCAGUAUACGCUGCACGUCUCGCUAUUUGUGAGCUCGAAGGCGCAGGCUCUUCAACCCCGCCUCAAUGUCAUCCUUUGACUGUUCCACCAGUGGAGCCAAAGUUUCGAUUCAACUUCAUGGCUAGAUCUAAGCAGUCGGAUUCUGGUGUGACUGAGUAUCCCAAGAAAGUGCUCGAACUAUGUCUCAAAACUCUCGAGGCAAGGCCUCAGUGGUGGAUAUCAUACAGCAACAACCGACAAAAUGCUAUGGUGAUUUGCCAAGCUGCGAGAACGGAAACUGAGAAGGACGAGCUACUCAAUCUUCAUCGUUCUAUUGUGGAUAGCAAUAUCAAGCUUAACGAAGGACUUCAGUUUGCACUGAAUAAAGCCGCCAUUAAUUCCGCCAAUAAUGAAGCAUUCUGCCAAGCUGUGCAAGCACUGCAGGACAAACUUUUGGUCGAUCUGGAACGACAAGGAUCGACCUUCCAACGUAUCUUCGGCAAGCUGCUGCAUGAGGUUGAUAUCGGCAUUAAUACGGUAGUGAAUACAGUCACUUCUGCUCUGGGGAGAGUACAGAAUAAGACCGUGAGCCUUGAAAGGGAGAUCAGGAGCGUGUCUGGUCAGGUCAUUGCCCUCCAAGAGGCCCUUGAAACAGCGCACGAGGACUCUAUCUUGCAAAAUGCCCAUUCACUUCGCGUGUUUGAGAAAAAUGCUGUUGCAUACCAAGGUCUUGCCUCGGAUUUGCAUUUAUCCUUAGAGUCUCUCGUGGGUGCAGACCUGCAAAGAGUUUCUCAAAGAAUGACUGACCUUGACGCAUCUCUGGAAUGGCUUACAAGUCGACUGAUCCGUAUUCUCGAGCACGAAAACGAACUCGCCGAGAGACUGAAAACCAUGGGAGACCUGGUUGAACAGUCAACAAACAAAGCGAACGAGCUACAGAUAGCUCAGAUUCAACAAGCCGAAGCACUUGCGGCCCAGUCCCGCGCGCAUCGAGAAUUGCAAUUCACCGCACAAUUAUCGCAGGCUUUGCUAGACAAAGCCUUUAUAACUGCAGCAAAUUUGCAAGCAGCUGUUCAGCAAGCAUCUACCAAAGCGCAGCAAAUUCCACAGCUGGGCCGCUUCUCACUCUGGUCAUUCGCUUUAACCUUGCUUCUUGCCAUCGGAGCGCAACAUUCGAAGGUUGCAGCUAGUUUACUAUUUCUGAUUUUUGGGCAUAAAAUUGCCAUUUUUAUUCUUCAAUAUCUCUGA